AUGACCAUUCUGUUCUACCGUUUACUUCUUCCUCCCCUAGCACGCUUUCCUGGCCCCAGACUAGCAGCAAUAUCUCGCUGGUAUGAGGCCUACUACGACAUUAUCUUAGGUGGUCAAUACACUUCAAAAAUUGCAGAGUUGCAUCGACGAUAUGAUAAGCAGUACGGUACUUCCAUGUAAAUAUCUGUGGAAAGGAAAGGAAACUGAAGACAAUAAUUGGAACCAGCCUUGACUUUGAAUUACAACAGGGCCCACAAUUCGAAUUAGCCCGCACGAAUUGCACAUCAUUGAUCCAGAUUUUUUCGAUACGGUCUAUAUCGUGUGGAUGAGCGUUGGGACAAGUAUAACUGGACUUAUGAUGCCUUUAACCGUCUUUGGUUCAGUUAAGUCCUCUCGGAUAUACCUUUCUUGAUCUUGACUUAGUAAUGCUAUCCUAGGUCAUGAUGCCCAUAAGGCUCACCGCAAUGCUAUUGCCCCAUUCUUCUCGAAGCCAAAUAUUCUUGCUCGGGAAAACUUAAUGAUUCAGAACGUACACAAGCUUUGCCAGCAUAUAAAUGAGCUUUUUGAGGCGAAGAAUAGCUUCAACCUAGGCGCAGCCAUCAGCGCAUUUACACGAGACAAUGCUAACGAGUUUAUCCUUGGCAAAUCAUACAACGAGAUUCAGCUGAAGGACUUUGGCGUGGGAUUAUCUCUCAUAUCGGGAGGAGCAGGGAGUUUCUGGCGAAUAAAAAAGCAUGUGCGUUGGUUCGGUCCGGCCUCGAAUUCCAUACCCGUCGGUUGGAUGAUGAAGGUAGCUGAUGAUGGUACGAAAUCCUUUUUUCGCUACCUCGAGCAAUCCGAACAAGAUACACGAAGUGCCUUGGAUGCGGCAUCAUCUUCAAAGGACGGGAAAGCACAAAAGAAAACCGAAAGAUACACCAUGAUCCAUCAAAUCAUGGACUCUAACCUUCCACCUGAUGACAAAACCUUUGCUCGCGUCCACGAAGAGGUUGCCACUGUGACUGGCGCAGCAUACGAAACAACAGCCAAUACCCUGAGGUUAAUCUUCUACCACGUAUACUCCAAUGAUAAGAUCCUUCAAAAAAUGAGGCAGGAAUUCUCUUCCUUCACCUCUUCCAAGCUACUCACAUUAAAAGAGUUGGAGCAUGUGCCAUAUCUCACAGCUUGUUAA